AUGUAUCUUAGGCUCUCUGCUGGUUCUAAUGAACCGUCCUUACUGGCCAGGCCAAACCCAUGCACUUUGGUCCAUCUUCACAAUCCCGUGACCAGGCUAGACCAAGUAGCUCCAUGUCAUCUCGCUUCUUCAGGGGGUCUAAACAAACCUACUGCUCAGGGUUCUUCUGACCAUUUGCCAUACAUCUACGCAAUCGACGAUGCCUCGGUUCAUCUGGACGCACGAGUAGCGGCAAAACAUGGGUGUCAUAGUCCAUUUAUGAGGAAUGGAAUGCAGAAUAGCUCGUCGUCUAUGCUGAAGGAAACUUCGCAGAGUCAUGGGGAUGGUGAGAUUACUUACAGUUGUGCAUCUUAA